GACGUAAGGCUUUUGUUAUUAUUUCUCUUUGAGAGUUAUUUUAAUUAGUUCAAUGUUUAAAGCUAUGUAAAGUGAAAUAUUUGGAAUGAUUUAAGGUCAUUUCGAUAUGAGACGCACGUAUAGAUCGAAGAAAGAUACUGGGAGUGGUUUGGACCACAAAGAUGUCUUGCUUACGCUCGAUGAGAGAAGUUCGGCUUUCGAUGCUUAUUACAUACAGAAAUUAAAGCAAACUAAACGGGAACUGUCAUGUGUGGGCUCUUCCAGCCAGUAUAGUACGACUUCACAAAAAGUACGCAAGAAAAAGUAUGUAAAACGAAUUGUAAAAGAAGUGGAAAAUGCUCCUAGGGAGUACAUGUCUCAUUCAGCUUAUUUGACACCUGAUAAAUCGAUAAGAGUGAAUAGGGGACAGGACUUAUUCGAUCAGCUGCUAAAUAAGUCUUCGCCUCGGCAUUUGGAGGCUAAGGUGAAGGAAAAGGAUGAUUUAUUUGACCAAGUUCAGGCGUUGAGACCAACUAAGACUUAUGCCAAAAAGAAAACCAGAAAAGUGAAGAAAUACAACUAUUCCAGUAGUGAAAGUGAAAUUGAUAAAGAAAAUGAAACCAGCAACAUAUCUACAAAUAUAACUGAUAUUGGCGCACACAAACUAAUAUUAGAGAAAGAUGUUACUAGCAGCCCUAAGUUCCAGGAUGAAUCUAUUAACAAAAUAGUCCAAAACUUAUCUAUGUUUAACAAAAUUAAUAAUAGUUCUGGCAGUCCAGUUAUAUCAUUCAAUAAAAAUGUAACUAGGAAAAGAACUAAGCCAUCAACUCAACAAUUACAGUCAACAGUUCUAGAAAAAUCUGUUCUAAGUAGCACACCAUUCAAAAAUAUUAGAACAGCAACAUCCAUUUACAAGCUAUCACCAAUUUCUAGACUUAGUUGCGACACAAGUCCAAAUUAUGGGACUAUAAAUGAAGAAAAUGUUGUGGGGGAUGAUUUAAAGUCUCCUUGUAGUAAAAGACCAGUACCCAAUAUAUUUAAUGUAGAUAAAAGUGAUGUGUCAGAUAUUAGUGUAAUAGAAAAUAACAAGACUGAACAAGAAUUAAAUGUAAACAAAGAAGAGGAAGAUAAACCACCAAAUAUUGAGAGUCUAAAGUGUGAUUCUAAACCUAGUGAAGUAUUCUUAGGGUUUAGUUGUAUCAAUAAUGAAGUUGAUAAACUUAAAAACCUAUAUAAUCAAAUAAUUGAUAUUAGUAAACUAGACGGUAAUGAUUCUAUGCAUGUAAAUACGAGUAUUUCUAUUAAUGAUUCACAAUUAGAAUUAUCACUAGGCGGAUCUAAGCCCAGUGAACCAUUUUUCGGCUUCAGUGUUUGUGAACAAAAUGAUAAAACAGUUAACUCCAGACAAACUUCUGAUAAAAGUACUGAGACAGAUGAAAGUAAAAGCAGUGUAUCUGUAGACUCACAAUAUAAUGCAUCUUUAUAUGAUACUUGCAGUAGUGAUAAUGAAGACAUUAAUGAUACUGAAUCAAACGAAGUGGUCAAAGAACACAAAGUCAGUAUCAGUCUUACAAAAAUGAAUGAUUCAGUUUUCUAUAAGUACUAUGAUAAAAUGUGCACAAAUGUGUCAGAUCACUCUGGUGAUGAAGAAAUUGUUGAACAAAAAUCUAUAAGUAAAAAGCAUAAUUUAUCCAAUAAUAAUGAUAUGGAUGAAAAAAGUGAACAUUUAGAUUCUGAUGACUUUUCCAAUUCAGAUCAACAUUUUAAGGCACAAGGUGAUAGUUCAAAUACAGAAAUUGAUGAAGACAGUGUUUCAGCACAAGAAACUGACAAUGAAUCAGAUAUAUCCAUAUCUGACGAUUUGGAAUCUAACAGCAAUGAUGAUGGUGAAGUCAGAUGCUUUGUUAACACAAGAAGAAAAGUUACGAUGAAAAGUAAUUCUGCUAAAUCCAGCUCAAAUGAAUCUGGUGUUAGUAGUGAAUGUAAUAUGACUGUACUUAGUAGGAGUAAAGUGAUAGUAAAUAGUCCUAAUAAUAUUAGAACUGAUGAAAAUGAGUUACAAACUGAAGAAUGUAUUGAGAAAGAUGUAAAUAACUUGUAUGAAGAUGCAAUUAAUUUAGACUCUGAUGAAAUAGAAGAAACCAAAGAUGUAGAUAGACAGUCUUUUGUCACUACUAGAAAGUCUUCCAGGAAAUUUAGUGUAAUUCCAGAGAGUCCUGCAGAUAAGCCAGCAAUAGUUCUUCAACCAGGCAAAAAAUGGGAAAGAUCUCUUAGUAUUUACAGAAGAAUGACUAUGUUGAAUGAUCAUUUUGAUAUAUCUGUUUUAGAAGAAGAGCCUUUAAAUAGUAAAGGACGGAAAUACAGGGAGAGUGUUAUCAAUACAAUGGAAAUGCAAGAAGGUUCCCUACACAAUGAAUCAAUCAACAGUCGCAGAAGCACUCUUGUGGCUAAGCCUUGCAGAUCGACCAUAGUGCUCAUAAAAGAACCUAAUAAUGCUCGAGCAAGCAUAUGUAACAAUACUACACUAUAUGACGACCUGAAAGGUUUCCUCAGCGACGAUUGUGAUGAUACCGUUGUCGAGCUAUCGAAACUGUCGAUUGUCGACUCUGAACACGAAAUCACAGUGGUAGAGAAGCUACAUGAAGAUCGUUCGACGACCGCAAGGGACUACGUUCUGAGGCGCUGCAACCAAACGGAGGCGAUUCUGUUUGAUGAAUGCUAUCCAGAUACAGCCCUGAAGAAUUGCCACAAGAUCGGCGAGGGUGUCUAUGGGGAGGUGUUCCUUUGGCGAGCCCGGGAUGGCCGUGCGCGUGUUAUGAAGAUAGUACCAAUCGCAGGCGAUAUCAAGGUCAAUGGGGAGCACCAGAAGGACUUCCACGAGAUCAUAUCCGAGAUUGUGAUUGCUAUGGAAUUGAGUGCACUGCGCACUCCUAUAGCAGAAUUGGAACGACAAUUUGAUGAAGGAAAGACGGACAUUGACACACUCGACUUACACGCGAUACAAAAUGCUACUGACAUUUUUAAUGAGGUAUUAGCAGUAAGGUGCGUUUACGGCAGCUACACGUUGCGGCUGCUGGAUCUGUGGGAACUGUACGACGAAUGCAAGGGCUCUGAGAACGACAACCCGGCCAUACUGCCGUCGGAUCAGCAGUACAUUGUGUUGGAGCUCGCGAACGCGGGGCAGGAUCUGGAGAGCUAUCAGUUUAAUAGCGCUGAACAGGCGCAUGCUUUAUUCUUGCAGGUGGCUUUCGGUCUAGCCGUGGGUGAAGAAGCCUUCCAGUUUGAGCAUCGCGAUUUGCAUUGGGGUAACGUGUUGAUCGCCCCAACUGAACAAAAGUUCGCGACGUUUGUCCUCCGCGGGCGCUCGCACCGCGUCGCGCGCUGCGGCGUGGCGGCCACCAUCAUCGACUACUCGCUGUCGCGGCUAUCGCUGCCGCUGGCCACGGGCGGCGAAGCGGCCGCGCUGUACAACGACCUCGCCACCGACGACGGCCUGUUCGAUGCCGUUGGCGACUACCAGUUCGAGGUCUAUCGCCUCAUGAGGGACAAGCUAAACAACGAGUGGAAGAACUUCGAACCGUACACCAACAUCCUCUGGCUGCAUUACACCGUAGAUAAGAUGAUAACAGCGCUCCGCUACAAGAGGACCAACACCAAGAUUCACAAGCACUACAUCUCCAAGCUCAAGGCCAUCAAGAACAGGAUCCUGUCUUACGGCAGCGCUUCCCAAUUCGUACUCACUGACAUCGAAUACUAAAUCGAACAAAUGUUAUAAUAAUAAUAAUUUAAUCAUCCAAAUUUUAUAUUCUCACUAGUAAUAUUUCAAUAUGGAUAUAUUCAGCACUUGCCCCACGUGUGAAUCGGACCUGCAUUGCAUAAAUUAUGAUGUACAUAGAAUUUGCUUUGGUAAUGUAAUAGACGCUAAAAGAAUUAUUUACGGGAUUGUAGAAACAUUAGAACAGCGAAAAGGUGCCUUCUUAGCUAAGGUAGUGGCUUUGUUCAGAUUAAACUCAUACAUUGUGUUCAAAAA